GGGCCGAAGGGAGACAAUAUAUAUAUACGUAUAAUUGGUUUGCUCAAGCUGAAGCCUUCGAUUCGAUCUGAGAUCUCUUUCUUUGGUCGGUGGAGGGAAAAGAAUGGCCACUGACGGAGCGGCUGUGGAGAUCACAGAGAAACAGUCCCACAAACUAGAGAGGAAAUGGACCUUUUGGUUCGAUAAUCAAUCAAAGCCUAAACAAGGCGCUGCUUGGGAUAACAACCUUCGUAACGGCUACACAUUCGAAACUGUCCAAGAGUUUUGGUGUUUGUAUGAUCAGGUGUUCAAGCCGAGCAAGUUACCAGCAAAUGCUGAUUUUCAUUUGUUCAAAGCUGGGAUUGAGCCUAAAUGGGAAGAUCCAGAGUGUGCUAGUGGGGGCAGGUGGACAGUUACAAGUAGCAGAAAGCCUAUCCUUGAAACUAUGUGGCUUGAAACAUUGAUGGCCUUAAUCGGAGAGCAAUUUGAUGAGGCUGAUGAGAUAUGUGGUGUCGUUGCUAGUGUGCGUCAAAGACAGGACAAACUUUCACUAUGGACAAAAAAUGCAGCUAAUGAGGCUGCUCAGAUGAGCAUUGGAAGAAAGUGGAAGGAAAUUAUAGAUGUGACAGACAAGAUCAUCUACAGCUUCCAUGAUGAUUCUAAGACGAGAACAUCAAAAGGUCGAUAUAACGUAUAAAGUUAUGCUGAAGAUAUCCUACCCCCAGAUGAGCAAAGGAUUUGCAGACUUGCUGCAAACCAAGUGGCAUUAUGCUGACCUCUUACAUGCUCAAUCCGAAGUUAUACAAUCAUGUUUUAUUUUCACUUUAGUAAAUUUUGAGAUACUGUUGUUAAUUCCAUUGAGGCAUUUAUCCAUUUCUGAGUACCUUGAUAUUUUCAGUUGGGAAAGUUCCCUUGCUGUGUGAUCUUA